AUGUCACCACUGAUGGCAGAAAGGAUGGACAGUAUGGACUGCAGAAAUGAGAGAGUGAUGGGUAUAACGUUAACUAUAGAACAGACAAAAAUUAGCAUUAUCCAAACAUAUGCUCCACAACAGGGCAGAAGUCUGAGGGAGAAAGAGCAGUUUUAUGAAACUCUACAGGAAAUGACAGAAACAAUAAGACAUCACGAGAAUGUCAUUGUCAUGGGAGACAUGAAUGGACAUGUCGGACAGAAUAGAGAUGGAGUAGAGCACGUCAUCGGAGAGUUUAGCAUUGGCGAAAGGAACCAGGAGGGAGAAAGAAUAAUAGAUUAUUGUGUGAUGAAUAACAUGUCCAUUAUGAAUACUUAUUAUAAACAUCAGGAGAGCCAUAAAUGGACAUGGUAUCGGUGGAAUGCAGCACAACAAGGAUAUACUGAGAGGUCAAUGAUUGACCUGUUUCUCACCAACAAGAAAAACAUAUUUAAAGAUGUUAGGACCAUACCAUCUGUGUCCUUAGACUCUGACCACAGGUUGGUGGUGGCUAAAUUGAAAAUUGUAAAACCAAAGGAAAAAGUCAAGAAAAAGCAAAAGAGAUUCAAACUGGAAAACCUCAAGGACGAAGAGAAGAAGCAAGCACUGCGGCAACUGGCAGGAGGCCGGUGGGACGACCUAGGAAGCGAUGGAUGCAGGGAAUUGAAGAAGCUGCUGAACGAAGAGGAAGAAAUCUAA